AUGCGGCGUCACAUGAAGAUUCAUUCGGGCGAAACUACGUGCCCUCUGUGUGGCAUCGUGUACGGCAUGGUGACCAACCUGCGGCGCCACAUCAGGAAGGUGCACGGCGCCAGGCGCGGCGACCACACUGCCGGCGACGCGGCGCGCCACGUGUGCGAGACGUGCGGCUCCGUAUACCGACACCCCACCUCGCUGAAGCUGCACAGGAAGGCGCACGAGGGCCGCACCACGUGCCCCGUGUGCGGCCGCACCCUCUCCGUGGUGGCGUCGCUGCGUGCGCACAUGCAGAGCGUGCACGGCAUGUCGGAGGAACACGUGCGCCGCCUGGUACCGGGCGCCGCCCGGCAUCGCUACAGUGCCCCGGCUCGGCCGUCGGCCGCGCGCAUCGCUGACCGCUCCAGCGACGCCCACGGGGUGUACAAGUUCCGCUCGUCGCUCACCAAUCACCGACGCAGCCACGAGGGCCUGACGCGCUGCCCGCGCUGCGGCGCCGUCUCCAGCAAUGUCCACAACCUGCGGAUGCACCUGCGCGUCGUGCACGACGUCGGAGCGGAGGAGGCGGUCCGACUGACGAUCAUACCCCGGCCGGCUGACGGCAGCUCGAUCAAUCUGAUGGUGGCGAAGCGGUGGCCAACGCCGUAA